CCUGAAAGUCAGUGAAGCUGGGGUUUGUGUGUGUGUAUAUAAAGUGUGAGUGUAUAAAUAAUUGUGUAUGUGUGUGCCUGCAUGAAGACUUUCACUUACUAACAAGAGGAGAAAAUCACACGUCAGCAUGCUGUUAGAGCUCUUCGUCACCCUCCUCCUCAUCCACAGCCAGGUGCUGGGGGACAGUUCCUCUGAAGAAGAUGAGGAUGAGCAUGAAAAAAGCUCAUCCAAUAGCGGUCACUGGGGCUAUCAUAAUCAGGCAUCAUGGCUGAGAACUUUUGCGGACUGCAGUGGAAAAUCUCAGUCUCCUAUUGACAUCGUGACUAAAGACGUGACCUAUGAUCCCAGGCUACCUGCUAUAAAACUAGAAGGUUAUGAUCUAAGUGGUCGCCCAGAACUGACACUGAAAAACAACGGUCACACUUUGCAGCUGCAGUUGCCCAACACCAUGCGUAUAGUACAAGGGUUUGAACAGAUCUACUUGGCAGCCCAGCUGCAUUUCCACUGGGGGAACACAAAAGUUCCUGGUUCAGAACACACCAUUGAUAACAUUCACUUCCCUGCAGAGAUCCACGUAGUUCAUUAUAACUCAAAAUAUUCCAACAUCACAGAAGCUGCAAGCAAACCAGAUGGACUUGCUGUGUUAGGAGCCUUCAUUGGGAUUGGUCUUCACGAGAAUAAAAACUAUGAAAGAAUCCUGUCUGUAAUUAAAGAUGUUAGCUCUGAGGAGACGGACACUAAUAUCCCCAGUUUUAAUGUCCGCCACCUUCUGCCAAACAGUCUGGAGAGGUUUUACAGAUACUCUGGGUCUCUAACAACUCCGCCGUGUUACCAGUCAGUAAACUGGACAAUAUUCAAUGACACAAUCACAGUCUCAAGGAAACAGCUCGCUGCUCUGGAGGAGACGCUGAAAGGUGGACACAACCAGAGUUUAACCAAAAACUUCAGAUCACCACAAAAUCUUUACGGAAGACGAGUCCUGGUGUCUUUCCCUACGUCAAAUUCUGGAUACGGUAGGUCAUCUGAGACAGACAAUUACUCAACAACUACAGCAAAUGGUUCACAGGAUGGACUGUCUAGAGGUGAUAUCUUGGCUAUUGCCUUUGGACUCUUGUUUGUGUUGACUUUGCUCUUUUUCUUCUUGUACGCUUAUCAACAGCAGCAAAAACACUCAAAAUAUAAACCUGACUCCAGACAAAAUGUUAUUUAUAAACCAGCGACCAAGGAUGAAGUGUAGACCUGCUACGUGUGCUUUGAUGUCAAACACAAAAGCUGAUAUUUAAACCGAAAAACGUUUUUGGAUUUGCUGUAAAGACACCGGUGAAUGUUAAACAAAAAACAGUAUUUUAAGCCCCCAGAUUAACACUCCUUACUCCUGUAACUGCCACCCUUAUUGUACUUUCUAAGUAACAUCAUUUAAGAAGAAUUACAUUUACAGUUUUUCACGUUUGCAGCAUUUGGUAGACCCUCAUACGGAGGGACUUACAUUCAUCUCAUUUAUACAACGGAGCAGUUGAGGACCUUUCUCAGGGGCUUAGCAGAGGCAGCUGGGAUUUAAACUCAUGACCUUCUGAGCAGUAACUCAAUGCCUUAAUCACUGAGCUACCACUUUCCCAUAUAAUUGCACAUAAGUUAAGGGGUUAAAAAAAGACACCUCAAUGCUUGUGGGUUUUUUAUUUAGAAAGUGUUGUUUCACUGAGAAAACAGACCAUUCUUCUGAAGUUUUCUAUUUUUUGCUGUAUAUAAAUGUACUUUAUUAUUGAAUGUUGGAAUAUGACACCAUCUUAUCCAUCGAUUAUUUAUGACCAUUUCUACUUUAUUUUUUGCCAUGUUUAAAUUAAGCACCCAAUUAACAGAUGAUAAUCCUGUUAUCAUAUUGUUCAUAUUAUUAAUGGUCUAUGAUACAAACAAAAAUAACAUUGAUUCAAUAAGAAUGUGUAAAUUUAUCUGGACAAAUAAAAGGUCUUCAAUGUUUCUAAUGUGUAUGUAAGAGAUGAAAUUAGCACCAAAUUCAAUACAGCUCGAACACAAGACGAGAUACAGGACAUUAAACGCAGCAAAACACAUAAAACAAACUAACAAGGAGUUUCUCACAGUCAAACAAGACGGCAGAGAACAGGAUAAAUGGCCAAACUGUGACAUGUCUGUUUAACUAAACAUGGUGACUGAGCAAAGGAGUCACUGUGUAAUCAGUGUAACGUGAUGGCUGCUUGUGAAUCAUUCGCUCCACUUACAAUGCCAAUGUCUAUUCAGGUGCAAUCUGAUAACAUUAACAGUUCGGUCAAAGUUCACGAUCCUGCCUGAACUGAUCUGGCAACUUUGUCAUCAAAAAGAAAAUGAAAACCAAAGACUCACAUACAUGGCUGUAAGACAUGACAGCAAUGUUUUUAGACUACCUGUCCAGUGUCCUUGCCCAAAAGGAUUUAUUUUAUGCCUGUAGGAAUACCAUAAAUUUACUAAUAAAGAUGAGUUAUAGUUUUUUUUCCAGAA